AUGUCGUUAUCAUCAGUGUCAUCCAACAGAAAACUUCGUGCGGGUGUGAUUGGUUUUGGUCUAUCGGGUCGUGUAUUUCAUGCGCCAUUCUUAUCAGCAUCACCCAAUUACGAGCUUUCGACAAUUGUUGAACGUCACACUGAUGAAGCACAGAAAAUUUAUCCUACGGUUAAAAUCUAUCGUUCAACUAGUGAAUUAAUGAAUGAUCCUGAAAUUGAUUUAAUCGUUAUUACAACACCAAACGCUUCUCAUUUUCCAUUAGCCAAAGAGGCUUUAGAAAGAGGAAAACAUGUCAUUAUGGAAAAACCGUUCACAGUUUCAACUGAUGAAGCAUUAGAAUUAAUUCAAUUAGUUCAAAAACAACAAGGAAAAUAUGUUUUGUAUCCGUAUCAAAAUCGUCGCUAUGAUAGUGGUUUUCGUACAAUCCGGCAAAUAAUUGAUCAAAAAUUAUUGGGUGAAGAAAUUGUAGAAAUGGAAAUUCAUUUUGAUCGUUAUCGUCCACAACUGAAAACUAGUGGCAGUAUUUGGAGAGAACAAAGUGGACCAGGAAGCGGUAUCCUUUAUGAUUUAGGGUCACACUUGAUUGAUCAAGCUUUAUGCCUAUUUGGACAUCCAAAAACAAUUACAGCUGAUGUACGGAAACAACGUUUAAAUGCACAAUCCGAUGAUUAUUUUGACAUUAGAUUAGAAUAUGGUGAACAACGUCGAUUACGCGUUAUACUCAAAGCAUCUAUGUUUGUUAGAGAAAUGGGUCCACGGUAUCAAAUUCAUGGAACAAAAGGUUCUUUCUUGAAAUAUGGCGAUGAUGUACAAGAAAAUGAGCUGAAGUCUGGACGAAUUCCUGAUAUUAAUGAUCGAGAUUGGGGAAAAGAACCGGAACAUGAUUGGGGACUGUUGCAUACAGAAAUCAGUGACGGACAAAUCAUAAAAGAAAAAUAUCCAACUCUAAAUGGGGAUUAUGGUUCAUUCUACGAAGAUUUGUAUCAAACAAUUGUGCAUAGUCAACCAUUAAAAAUUCGAGUGGAAGAUGGUUAUAAUAUUAUACGAUUAAUUGAGUUAGCUCAACAAAGUAGUCAAGAAAAACGUACAAUUGUAUGUGAUAAACUGCUCUAA